UUUAAAGACUAAAAGGAAAAAAAAUUCUGUCAGAUGAUCUUGCACAGAAGACAAAGGAUCCAAGUUUCUUACUAGUUGUUGACAAUUUCUGCUCUGUUGGAUUUUAUUUCGUGGUGAACUGGACCACUUUUAAAGCACUGCAGGCAAAAAAAAAGAUGGAGAUGUCUGAAAUAACUGCAGGUAGUGACAAUAGCCAUAAGCGGGAGGCAGUCUGCAUUUUUGGCACUGGAGACUUUGGCCGAUCUUUGGGUAUGAGGCUGCUCAUGUCAGGGUACCCAGUGAUAUAUGGCAGUCGAAACCCACAAAAUUCCACCCUUGUACCAAGUGGAGCUCAAGUCUGUACCCACGCUGAUGCCCUGAAAAAAUGCAAGUUGAUUUUCCUUGCAGUUCACAGAGAGAACUAUGAUUUCCUCCCAGCUCUGUCCAAUUUACUAGAUGGAAAAAUACUGGUGGAUGUGAGCAACAACCUCAAAAUGAAUCAGUACCCUGAGUCCAAUGCUCAGUAUCUUACUCAGCUGGUCCCCAAAGCAAUUGUGGUGAAGGGAUUUAACACAGUUUCAGCCUGGGCCCUUCAGUCAGGCAGCCUGGAUGCCAGCAGUCAGGUCUUCGUCUGUGGCGACGACACUAAAUCCAAACAGAAGGUGAUGGAUGUUGCCAGGAGUCUAGGCCUCACUCCUUUAGACCAGGGGUCUCUUCUAGCAGCUAAAGAAAUAGAGAACUACCCACUACAGCUCUUCCCAAUGUGGAGACUUCCACUUAUUAUAGCAUUCAGUCUCACAGUCUUCUUCUUCUUUUUUUCUGUGUUGACUGAUGUGAUCCAUCCAUUUGUAACAAAAAAUAGCGACGUUUCCUACAAGCUGGCAAUUUCAGUUCCUAAUCGUGUCUUCCCAAAUGUCUCUCUCAUUCUGCUUAGCCUGGUUUACCUGCCAGGAGUGAUUGCUGCAUUUCUUCAGCUGUACAGAGGGACCAAGUAUAAGAGGUUCCCUGACUGGCUUGACAGGUGGAUGCUGUGCCGAAAGCAGCUUGGCCUUGUGGCACUUGCCUAUGCUUUUCUACACGUUCUCUACACGUACAUCAUACCAACCAGAUACUCGGUGAGGUGGAACUGGAUGUACUCAAUGAUUCAAGAGUCAAAGAAGAACACAACGAUGGAGUUAAACAAAGUGGUGACCUGGCGUGUUGAACUGUACUUCGCAUUAGGAAUGCUUGGAUUUAGUGUUUACAUUCUGCUUGGCAUCACUUCUCUUCCAUCUGUCAGCAAUGCUGUAAAUUGGAGAGAGUUCCGAUUUAUACAGUCCAAGUUGGGCUUUGUGACCCUCUUGCUGUGUACUGCUCAUUGCGCAGUGUUUGGCUGGGACCGAUUUCUACAAUCAAAACGGUACAAAUGGGGGCUUCCACAAGCAUACAUGCUGGGCAUAGCGAUCCCCUGCGCUGUACUGGUUCUAAAAUUGAUUCUCAUUACCCCGUGUGUAGACAGAAUGAUCACUAGGAUCAGGCAGGGCUGGGAGAGGAAACCAAAAGCCAAGCAAGAUGUAGUGUAGGUUAACAAAGCAUGACAUUGAAGCAGGUUUGGAACUGCCUUUCAUCUGUUUUGUAACAAGAAGACAACGGGGCAGAGAUCUUGCCUGCAUCUGUCUCUUGCCUAUAGAACGCUAUGAUUUCUCUUGAAGGCUCUAGAGUGCCUACCUCUGAAGCAGCAGAAAUAUUACAGUGACAUACUGCACUUCCCUUCUGCCACGCUUAUUUAGAGGCUACAAACGAAGGAAUUUAAGCUUACUUCCCAUUGCCCCUAGAUUAAGCAAUAUAAGCAGGGCUGACAUAACAAUUAGCACAACUACUUCUUUUCUCCGCCAGCAUGGCCACGAAAGGGCAGUAAAGGACUUGUGUUCUUUUCUUUAUUAUGGCCAAUUCAUCCAAAGCUAGCGGUUGCUGAUGUUACAUUGACACCCCACCCCCCAGUUUGCACUCACUGGGCCUUGCUCAGGCAGCUCAAGCCAGGGGAUGCCUGGCUUACUGAUCAACGACAGGCUAACCACUUCAGAGGUGCUCCAGCUGAUCAGUACAGAAGCUGAAACAGGUUUUGUUCCUCUUGUUUGCCUUCUUGAAAGUCUUCUCAUGCACAUUAUUUAUUUCUAAGAGGUAAAGGAGAGAUGUAUGGAUCUGGAACCUGAUACAAAUUCAGUACAAGGUGAGACACUAAAGACUCCAGUGCUGCUGAAUAUAAAAUGCCCUUAUUCAUAUGAAUUAAGACACAGCCAGAAGCCAGCUUCUAAUCCCACAUUGAAAAGUUUCCAGACUCCAAAAGCAUUUUAUCUCAAAAAUAUAAAUAUCAGAAUAUGCUUCAUAAACAUAUAAGCAGUAGACAAGGGCCCAUAUCAUUCCACGGACAAUAUGUAGGUAGUUAGGUUUAUCCAUGUGGGAAUAGAAAAGUGUUGCAAUGGUACCAUCAGAGAGGUUAAUCUGAAACAUUCAAGGAGCAAAUUUUCUGAUCAGUGUGUAAUCUGUAACAUCUGUAGCAAGAAAUCGGGCUUCUUGCUUUUCUCAUGGGCAGGUAAUUUUCUAGAUAUAGAACUGACAUCCAAUCAAGUGCCCUAUUAAAAAUCAGGAGAUUAUCAAAAAUAACAUUUGCACCCAGAAGCAUGUAACUAAGAAAGGAUUGUGCGGUUUCCCAUGUUAUAAAAAGGCAGCGGAUUUGCCAGGCUGGUCACGGUGGAACUUGUUGAGCCUACCAAAAUAAACCCCAUGUUAGGCACAGAGCGGAUGCAGAAAAGGUCAUCGUGGGAGUGAUGCACCAUCAAUAACUCUCGGAGACGUGAGGUGAGAUAUAGGCUUUUAUAUAGGCUGGAAGAAAGAACAAGCAGCAAUUGACCACCACACAACAUCCUGGAGACUGAGGCCGGGGCAGUGUCUCCAAUCGCCUUUAUACCGGGGUCCGUGGGAGGAGCCACAGAAGCAUUCAGCAGGGAGCAUGUCCAGACAGGUACAUGUAGUUCACCACAGGGCUACAAGAAAAAAGAUGGUCUAAGGUUGCAGCCAGCAAAUUUCUCAGUGAGUUAACCUUCCUUGCCCUGAUAUGAGGAACCCCAUACUUGUGUGAGGUGAAAAUAAACAUGAAAGAGUUGUGAUCUAUCUGUAGUGGUCAUUUUGAGCUUCUGGUUACAUGCCUUUUCAAUUUCCCUUCCCAUUCCAAUAUUGACCUAUCUGUCCUUGGCCAUCUCCACUGCUAAGGUAAGGACAAUGCAAGGUCAAACCUCAUAUUUGGCUUGGAUAACCUACAGCCCAAUGUAUGAACAUAGAAUUUUUCAACUUCACAAAACCCACACUUGCUGUGUUCUUUUUCCACUCCCACCAUUCCAUAUUUUUCACUCCCAGUCUGUCCAUCUUUUCUUUCCCUCCACCAUUUGUUACCUCGACAUGUUACCCUGUCUUGGUUCCAUCUGCCUAUCAGCCACACAUCCACUCACCUGGGCUUCUUCUCCCUUAUCUAAUUUCACUUGUCAUCUACUAUACUCUACUUCAACAUUCUCCACUUCCCCCACCACCUUCUGGCUCCAUCUGCCCAUCAGCCCUCAACCCCCACCCUAAAUGCAGUUGGCCCUAUCAUCUACCAGCACUUCUCCGAAAUAUUAUCUUCCCUCUACACUCUCAGUCCUGAUGCAGCAUCUCCACCUAAAACACCAAUCAUUCCUUUAAGAUUACAGAUAAUCCUUGAUCUACUGAAUUAUUAAGUAAGUUUUUUUUUGUUCUGGAGAGUACAGCAUGAAUCUUUACAGGGAAUAAUACAGAAAUGCUACAAUCAGUGGCAAGGUUUCAAUUUGUUUACAAGAAUCCUUUGUCCCCACAUUGGCACGUAACGUUCUUUUAAAGGAAAAUCCUCUCAAUCCUCUCAAAGUUGAAAAAUAACUUUGGAUUAAGGACUCAGGUCUUUUCUGCACAGUCCACCCCUUGGAUCUUACUCUUAACAUCUUUCAGCAUGAAGCUUUGCCUAAUGACAACAUAUACAAAGUAUGUAGAUACAUGUCUCACCUUCGCUUAUAUUGGUCAGUGAUGGAUAGAAUAUUUAGUAGGAGAGCAUUCUUGCUAUUUAGGGAGUGCAGCGUAGGUUCACGAGGUUAAUUCCCGGGAUAGCGGGACUGUCAUAGGUUGAAAGAUUGGAGCGACUGGGCUUGUAUACACUGGAAUUUAGAAGGAUGAGAGGGGAUCUAAUUGAAACAUAUAAUAUUAUUGUGGUGAACUACAUAUACCUGUCUGGACACGCCCCCUGCUGACUGCUCCUGUGGCUCCUCCCACAGACCCCUGUAUAAAGGCGAUCAAGGCCUGAGCCUGGCCUCUCUGUCUCCAGGAUGUAGUAUGGUGGUCACUCACUGUUUGUUCCUUCUUCCAGUCAAUAAAAGCCCAUAUCUCGCCUUAUGUCUCAGAGUGAGUUAUUGAUGGUGCAUCAAUUAUUAAGGGAUUGGACACGCUAGAGGCAGGAAACACGUUCCAGAUGUUGGGGGAGUCCAGAACUAGAGGCCACAGUUUAAGAAUAAGGGGUAGGCCAUUUAGAACAGAGUUGAGGAAAAAUGUUUUCACCCAGAGAGCUGUGGAUCUAUGGAAUGCACUGCAUCAGAAGGAAGUGGAGGCCAAUUCUCUGGAUGCGUUCAAGGAAGAGUUAGAUAGAGCUCUUAAAGAUAGCGGAGUCAAGGGACAUGGGGAGAAGGCAGGAAUGGGUACUGAUUGUGGAUGAUCAGCCAUGAUCACAUUGAAUGGUGGUGCUGGCUCAAAGGGCCAAAUAGCCUACUCCUGCAUCUAUUGUCUAUUGACUAUAGCACAUGCAUUUGCAAUACCGAUAAUGGCUGUUAGAUGCCUAUGUACUUUCUGUUGAAUUGUGGAUGUUUGAUAAUAUAAGGAAAACCAAGACUCAAUAAAAACUUUAAUCAUAGCAUUGCAAAAAACAAAAGAUGACUUUUUCAAUCAUUUGUAAUUGUGUGCACUAAUGAUUCUGAACAUGAAUUGCAAAGACCUGGGGCGUACAGGUGCAAAGGUAACAAGUUAAAAACGCCUCUGAAAUCCUGGGUUUCAUAAAGAUCAUAACAAGGUAGAUUAUGAGGUCAAGAGUCCAUCUUAUUGUAAAGAGGUCCAUUCAAGAGCCUGAUGCCAGCACGAUUGAAGCUAUCCUUGAACCUAGUGGUACAUGAUGAUACGUUAAGCUAGUUGCUGAGGAGAUGACCUGUAAAUGAGGUUGUCUGGUUGACAGGUUAACACAAGCAGCUAGAGAAAAAGAGUCAAAGCUGUUAUGAAUGUACCACAGCUCUGAGGGGCCGAAGGGUGCGGGGUAGCCCCCUCCUUUGUGAGAAUCGCAAGAGCAUUAUUGGGUUGAGUCAGAGGACCCAGGAAAUGAGAGAGAGACAUGGCCAUUGUCUCCUGGAGACAACGUUUAUGGAUUGGGGACUAUGCUACGUGCAAGCCCUCGGGCAAAGUGGGCUGGUUGAGAAAGAGAUUGCAUCACCCCAACCUGAUUGACAUCUACUACCCGGUGAGUUAAGAUAAAAGGGGGGCUGUAGGGACAGCCCCUCAGAUGCACCAGAAGAAACGCUAGCGAUCCCGUGAUAGCGGGAAGCCAUUUGAAGGAAGCCAUGUGCGUUCGGUUCCCUUGCCUGGGGCUGGUGGCUGGUACCACGGAAAACGACUUGGAACUAACAACGGGGAACCAACUCCCCCGACUCAUCGGAUUGGCCUCAUAAAAGACCCGGGCAAGUUUAAAACCGUCUCUCUUAAACCCAAAGAGCUGCAGCUUGAAAGGACAGUGACUUUUAUCUUUCCAUCAGACAAUACAAUAUCCCCUAGACAAACGAUAGAGCUAUUGCUUAAUUGAUGAUUAUUAUUAUACCUGUGUUUUUAGAUUGAGUAUUGAUGACGUAUUUUAUCUGAAUGUCUGUAUUAAUCUUAUUUUUG